AUGGCCAACAGCUGCAAAGAACACAAGCGCGGCGUUCCACGUCCACCACCAUUGUCGCUCUUCAUCGGUAGGGAGCAAGAGCUAGCGGGCACGCGGACACACCCGGCUGCUGCCGACAACAGCAACAAGAAGAGGAUGUUGUCCAAGCAGCUUUCCAUGAAGGAGACCACCCGGGAGGUCAAGUGGGAGAAGCGGCGGCGGCAGAUACAACGACAAAGGAGCAGCAUGGGCUUGUACGAAGCCGACCGCGUGGGAUGCGCUAACACGCACGCCACUGCGAACGCUGUGACCGAUGAGGACCUGGAUGAGCUCAAGGGAUCCAUGGAGCUUGGCUUCGGGUUCAACGAGGAGAACGGAGGCCAGAACCUCUGCGACACGCUCCCUGCCCUCGACUUGUAUUUUGCCGUCAACCGGCAGCUCUCCGAGCCGAAGAUGCGGGUGUGCAGCCGCUCAUUGCCUUCCCUUUCUGUGGUGACCUCCUCAUCAUCCAUGCACUCCGGCACGCCCAGCCCAGCCGGCAGUCCUACCGCUCAGCCCUCCCUCCUUGACUCGUUGAAAAUUAGCAGUCCAGCUGGCGAGAACCCACAGCUUAUCAAGACAAGGCUAAGGCAGUGGGCUCAGGUAGUGGCUUGUUCAGUGAAGCACUCCAGUUGA